CCGGGAAAUUGUUUGAAUAUCUCGAUAAAUAUAUCAUAUGUAUCCACAACCAAGUCGUCCAUGUGCGGAACGUUGCUUUUUCCCGAUCGCUGUGCAACAUCCAGGUUCCUUGCAGGGAAUUGAAUGGCUCUCAUCAUGUCCACGCAGCAGUGCAGCUCCUCGAAAAUCCCCGCGUACAUGGAGGUUGACCGUCGCACAUUACUCCGUCUGAGGAGGACUUUCCCCAUCGUCCGCGUAUAGCUCCUUUAACGAGUAUUCUUGCAUCAAACUGCAGAUAUCUGAAAGGCCAUGGCUGCAGAAGAUUUCGCUGACCGGCCGAAUCGCCCGGCAUCCUCGCCAGGUCCGUUGCCUGAUACCUCCCGCUCGCCUCUUCACCACCACCACCAACCGUCGUCCUCGUCAAUUCUGCCUCUCUUCCGUAGCAAUAAUUCCUCCACCACUUCGUUAAAUAAGCCGUUGACCGUCGAGGAGUCUUCCGCCGGUCAGAGAACGAGCCGGUCGAACCCAUUGAGCCAUUUGUCCUUCCGUAACCGCCGUCACCGCGUCGAGAAAUCACCAAGCUCCCGUACCUCCCUCUCAUCGCUGCCCGUCAUUGUUAGGACUUACUCCGGCGAGUCCAUCCGUGCUUCCUCGCGUGUUCGCUCCCCGACGCCGUCCAGUGGGGCCGUAAUGCCCAGAGAUGCGAAGCUGCCAUCCAUCGACGCGUUUUCGUUCGCCGGGAUCCUACGAGCCGUCGAGCCGGACAUUCGAGACCACAUCGACUCCAUCGCGGAGAUCUGUGCGCGGAGUCGCUUAAGCCUUGCGGACGAGUAUGGUGCGCACCUCCCGCCGCAGGGUGAAAUACUGCCAGACCAAUCCUACGGCGGAAACCUGCCGGCCGGUCAUCGAGGCACCCGGGCAGGCUUUCUCGGUCGAACGUUGACAACGGUGACGGAGGCGUCCAGCAGUAGUGAAAGGCUAUCCGGAGGCAGCAAGCCUGGAUCGGCAACCUCAAGUUAUGCUCGCAUGACGGCGUACGGUUCAUUGAGGAGCAUCAUAUCUGGGUCAACGCGGAACAAGAAACCCAAACUGUCCAAAACAUCAGACACACGACGGAGCGAAGGCUCAAAAGAGAAUUUAUCUGAGCACAAGGAAGUGAGAUCGCCCACUGGUUGGGUCAUAUCAGAGAGGACUCCUCCCUCCGUUGUCGUGGUUGCAAAACCGUCGAUGACCAACUCUGAACACCAGGAAGAGUCUGUCCAAGUAUCCAAUAUGGCGGCACCAACGCAACCCGUUCUCCGAAGACCCGAAUCCACUCUAUGGUUCCCUCGACUAUGGAGAUCAUCAGCUGCAACCGGACCAUCCGCACAAGAGAAUGUCCCCCCAAACGCCGAAGAGAGUUUGAAAGACCUCCUCAAGUCCACGAAAUGAUCGAUUACGACAAAAAAGCUUCUGCGUCUCCUUUUUAUGUUGAUGAAUGCCUUGAUGAUUAUGAGAUACGACGACGAUUUACGAUUUACGAUUAGAUAACAGUGCUCCCGCUGAGCCAUAACGAAAUAUGACCCAGGCGGCGGACGUUUUAUUUGUUGUUGUAACCCAAAAGCUUGAAGAUUGACUCGGAUUUUUGGCAACUCAUUGGGAGGCCGUCCAUGAAGCGAAUUUGCACCUAUGCCUUUCUGACCUCUUCCAAAAUGUAGGGCAUGAUUGUCAGGUGCAUGUUGGAUCCCAGGUCUUUGAGCGUAGAGCCUCAUCUGUGUAUACAAUGACAAUAUGGAAAACCCCUUCGACAGAACAGAAUGAGAUUCACCAUUGCAGAGUAAUAGUAGUUAUUGGAAAAAUCAUCGACAAGGAGAAAGUAUCAUGAAGCAAUAGAAGAACCUA